AUGGUGGACGACCGGGUCUGCAAGAAGUGCCCCCCGCAGCGCCUCAGCCGCUUCCAGGAGGAGUGUCACAAGUAUCGCACGCUGGUCAUCAAGGGUGUCCGUGUCUUCGACCUGGCUGUCCUUGCCCCACUCAUGCAGGACCCAACCCUGGACCUCAAAGUCAUCCACCUGGUGCGGGACCCCCGGGCCGUUGCCAGCUCCCGCAUCAAGUCCCGGCAUGGCCUCAUCCGGGAGAGCUUGCAGGUGGUGAGGAGCAGGGACCCCCGCAUCCACCGCAUGCCCUUCCUUGAUGCCGGCCACAAGCUUGCCAUGGAGGUUAUCUGCAGCAGCAUGGCCAAGACCCUGCAGACUGCCUUGCACCCCCCUGACUGGUUGCAGGGCAAUUACAUGGCCGUGCGCUAUGAGGACCUGGUGGUCGAGCCCAUCAAGACCCUGCGGCAGGUGUAUGGCUUUGUCAACCUGUCAGUCAGCCCAGAGAUGGAGAAGUUUGCCCUUAACAUGACCAGCGGCCCCGGCUACUCCUCCAAGCCCUUUGUGGUAUCGGCCAAGAUGCACCCCACGCAGGCGCUGAGCGCCUGGAGGACUGCGCUCAGCUACCAGCAGAUCAAGCAGGUCGAGGAGUACUGCCACCAGCCCAUGGCCCUGCUGGGCUACGAGAGGGUCGGCAGCCCCGAAGAGGUGAAGGACCUCAGCAGAACGUUGCUCAGGAAGCCGCGGCUGUGA